AUGGUGGUGCUAUUUUUCUUGAUUCGUCCUGCUGUGGCAGCGCCCAAGCUGAAGAGCACUCUAACCGAGUCUCCGCCUCCUGGAUAUGAAUUUCAAUUCGACUGGCCUGAGGAAGACAAGGAGAAGCUGCAAAAGUGCUGGAAUGAUUCUGCCAGAUACGAGUUCGGUGAAUGGAAAUGCGGUCGCUGGCACUUCCGCCGUGCCGGCAGCCUUUGGCAUGACCCAUACGACUGCUGGGAGGGAUGCAGUCCGCUGGUGAAUUGCGCGGUCUCCAAUAGCCUAGAGAGCUUCAAGUGUGAGCAGUCAGCAGGGUUUCUCGCUCGCUGCUCGAGCUCUUGGUAUCUGCCCGGCGGCAAUUAUGACGCCGGCAAAAAGCAGUGGUCUGAGAAGAUGAAUAACAGCACAAACGGCGACGACAGGGCUGUGCGCAGAACACGACGAUCUACAGCGCGAAGCCAGAACCCGGCAGCCAGCCCAUUCCCAGUCUCUUCCACCACGCUUGGAAAUUCGAGCGACGGGCCAGGAGCACCAGCUGUUCCGGCCGGAGUCGUUGAAGAUGUAGACGAGGAUGACUUGUGUCCUAUAUGCCACCUUCUCCUCUACGAUCCCGUGACGACCACUUGCAAUCAUACGCUUUGCAAUUUUUGCAUGGCACAAUGGGCCUCAGUGUCCCUCGCAACUCCAAUGACAAUCGUGGACGUCGACGAGGAGCCUGCGGCAUUCGAUCCGGUCUCGGAACUGGAGGCGCGGUGUCCCAUGUGCCGCACAAUGACGACGGCGUCAUCCAACGGAGUACGCGCCGAGAUUCUGAAGGCCAGAUACCCACACACGUGGGCGGAGAGGGAACAUGAAGCCGAGACCGACGGCCAGGGGCCCGGUGGUGAUGCCAUCCAGACCAUUACUGUUUACAUUGGCAACCGGCAUCAGCACGUCCAACCACGGGAGGACGACCACGCCGGGAACCGGCACGAGUGGACAUUCUUCGUCCGACCCAGCCGUACUGACAUUAUUGAAGAGGUGCAUAUCCACCUCCACCCGACGUUUAGGCAGAACCACAUUGUGCGCCAGCGGCCGCCAUACCAGAUCUCGCGCCUCGGCUGGGGCGUGUUCCAGAUCACGGCGUCGGUCAUACUCAAAGCGGGCUAUGCCUGGGUCUCGGAUGACGCGCAGGAUACGCCCGACGGGGCGCCCAAGGGGAUGCUACCGCUGCAGUGGAUGCUGGAUUUUGCUUCAUUUGAUGGUAAGGGGUCCAUGGGGCGUUGUAGGUUAAAAGUCAAAAAUGACCGCGAUUGGGAAGGAGUGAGUGAGGAAGAGGAACGCGACAACAGGGAGUUCGGUCGUAUGGUAAGGCAGUACGAAAGAGACGGACGAUACGAACCUUGA